GAUUACUGUCAGUUUUAUCGUUUGGAAAAAAAAUUUGAUUUCUGUCAGUUUUGGUCCUUUUGCAUCUGUGAGGCAUCACAGAAACAUUGCCAAACAAACCCCUCCUCCCCCCAACCCCUGUCCAAAAAAAAAGGGCAAAAAAACUUUCGCUCCUCAUUUUUUUUACACCCCAAAUCGGAAGAUAUCGGUUGGAGUUCCAUCGCCGAUCGGGUCUUGGGAGCGAGAUUCACCUCAGUCACGUAUCUUUCACUCGCACAAUUCUACACAUAAGAUUUCAUAUACACCUAGAGACACGAGCAUAUUUUCUCCGUCUCCGAUCUGCCAGACAGAAAGAUGCCGUCGUUGUACGGAGGACCUCUCACAACCUUCGAAGAUGCCGAGAAGGAGAGCGAGUACGGUUACGUCCGCAAGGUAUCAGGACCAGUGGUCGUAGCAGAUGGAAUGGCUGGGGCUGCUAUGUAUGAACUGGUUCGUGUUGGACAUGACAAUCUUAUUGGGGAAAUUAUCCGUUUGGAAGGAGAUUCUGCCACAAUACAAGUGUACGAGGAAACAGCUGGGUUGAUGGUGAAUGAUCCUGUCUUACGGACGCACAAGCCCCUAUCUGUUGAACUUGGACCUGGAAUAUUAGGCAACAUCUUUGAUGGUAUUCAGAGGCCUUUGAAGGCCAUUGCGCUAAAGUCUGGUGAUGUAUAUAUUCCUCGUGGUGUGUCUGUGCCAGCACUUGACAAAGACACACUUUGGGAUUUUGAACCUAAGAAAAUAGGUGAGGGGGAUCUUUUAACAAAUGGAGACUUGUAUGCUACUGUCUUCGAAAACACUUUGAUGCAACAUCAUGUUGCUCUUCCUCCUGAUGCUAUGGGAAAGAUAACCUAUAUUGCACCAGCUGGUCAAUACUCGUUGAAGGAUACUGUUCUUGAGCUUGAGUUUCAAGGAGUCAAAAAGCAAUAUACCAUGCUCCAGACUUGGCCUGUGCGAACACCUAGACCUGUUGCUGAAAAGCUUGCUGCUGAUACUCCUCUUCUUACAGGGCAGAGAGUUCUUGAUGCCCUGUUCCCCUCAGUGCUGGGUGGUACUUGUGCCAUUCCUGGUGCAUUUGGCUGUGGAAAAACAGUCAUUAGUCAGGCCCUUUCCAAGUACUCUAACUCCGACACUGUUGUUUAUGUUGGUUGUGGGGAAAGAGGAAAUGAAAUGGCAGAGGUGCUUAUGGAUUUCCCUCAAUUGACAAUGACGCUGCCGGAUGGUCGUGAGGAAUCUGUCAUGAAACGUACUACACUUGUGGCGAACACAUCAAAUAUGCCAGUGGCAGCUCGUGAGGCAUCAAUUUAUACAGGGAUCACUAUAGCUGAGUAUUUCAGAGAUAUGGGGUACAAUGUCAGUAUGAUGGCAGAUUCAACAUCCCGUUGGGCUGAAGCAUUGCGUGAGAUUUCUGGGCGUCUGGCAGAAAUGCCUGCGGAUAGUGGAUAUCCUGCUUAUCUAGCAGCUCGUUUGGCAUCCUUCUAUGAGCGUGCUGGAAAAGUUAAAUGCCUUGGUGGCCCAGAAAGAACUGGGAGUGUGACGAUUGUUGGUGCUGUUUCUCCUCCAGGAGGAGACUUCUCAGAUCCUGUCACAUCUGCUACCCUCAGCAUUGUCCAGGUUUUCUGGGGUCUCGACAAGAAAUUGGCCCAAAGAAAGCAUUUCCCUUCUGUCAAUUGGCUUAUAUCGUACUCGAAGUACUCAGGGGCACUGGAGUCCUUCUACGAGAAGUUCGAUUCGGAUUUUAUUGACAUCAGGACUAAAGCUCGUGAGGUGCUGCAAAGGGAGGAUGACUUGAAUGAAAUUGUGCAGCUUGUUGGAAAGGAUGCUUUGGCUGAAACAGAUAAAAUUACGUUGGAGACAGCAAAGCUUUUGAGGGAGGACUACCUUGCACAGAAUGCAUUUACUCCAUAUGAUAAGUUCUGUCCUUUCUACAAGUCUGUAUGGAUGAUGCGCAACAUAAUUCAUUUCUAUAGUCUGGCUAAUCAGGUAAAGUAUAUGGCACCAUUUCUUGCUUUGUCCUUGCUCUUUUAAUUGAUAAUUUUUUUG